UACUUGGCUCAGGCCCUCACUCCUCUAGCAUUCAUUUCCUUCCUUCCUUUUCCUCUCCCCCGGCCUACCGUCGUCGAAUCCUCUACCCAGGCCACCGUCGUCGAACCCUCUCCCCCAAUCACCGGCCUCCUUCCACCGUAGCGCGCCACCUCGAAGGAAUUCUGGUCUCAAAGCCGCCGUUCUCCACCUCUCCUCCACUGGACAGGCGUGUAGCGGAAAUCUACCCGGAAAUGGAUUGAUUUCUUUUGUGCACUCUCCGCUACUUAGAAAAUUGGAUUACACCCUACAUGAGAAGAAAGUAUGGGUGUGGCACCAGGAAGCAAGGCAGAGAGAAAAGCAGCAUUAGAUGCUGGAGCAUGGAUGUUCAAUGUUGUGACAUCUGUUGGUAUAAUCAUGGCCAACAAAGCCUUAAUGGCUACACAUGGUUUUAGUUUUGCUACAACGUUAACUGGGCUGCAUUUCCUAACCACGACCUUGAUGACAUCAGUAAUGAAAUGGUUGGGAUAUAUUCAGCCAUCGUACUUACCAUUGCAAGAACUAGUAAAAUUUGUCUUCUUUGCAAACUUAUCAAUUGUUGGGAUGAAUGUUAGCUUGAUGUGGAACUCUGUUGGAUUCUAUCAGAUUGCCAAGUUAUGUAUUAUUCCAGUUUUGUGUUUUCUAGAAAUCCUCUUUGACAAAGUUCGUUACUCAAGAGAUACAAAGCUCAGUAUAAUGCUUGUCCUAGUUGGUGUUGCUGUGUGUACUGUAACUGAUGUUAGUGUGAACUCUCAAGGGUUGAUAGCUGCAAUAAUAGCAGUCUGGAGCACUGCACUACAACAGCAUUAUGUUCAUCAUCUUCAACGGAAGUACUCGCUUGGCUCAUUCCACCUCUUGGGUCAUACUGCUCCUGCUCAGGCAGCGUCGUUGUUAAUAUUUGGUCCUUUUGUGGAUUUAUGGUUGACUGACAAAAGAGUUGAUACUUUUGGUUAUACCAUGGUAGUUACGUUCUUCAUUGUAUUGUCAUGCAUAAUUGCUGUUGGUACCAAUCUAAGCCAGUUCAUAUGCAUCGGACGAUUCACAGCUGUCUCGUUUCAAGUUCUAGGCCACAUGAAGACUAUUCUUGUGCUGACCCUGGGUUUUUUCCUCUUCGGAAAAGAGGGCCUUAAUUUCCAUGUCGCACUCGGCAUGACCAUAGCUGUUAUCGGCAUGAUUUGGUACGGGAUUGCGUCGUCCAAACCAGGAGGCAAAGAGCGGCAGGUUUACAUACCAAUCAGCGAGAAAACACAGAAGCACGGCAUACUGUCAUCGCAGUCUGAGCUUGAUCUGAAGGUCUGAGGACUGAGAUUAGAAAUACAGGGUUGUUGAACUAAUAGCAGGGCUAGCAGCGCUAUUGAGCAUCAAGUUGCGGCAAUCCGAUUUAUUCUCUUCAUUCAUACAGUUUUUCGACGUUUCCGUUUUGUAGCCACAGCUAAAGGAGAGUACCUGAGCGAAAUGAAAUUGACUUUACUUUUCUGGCAAAUGUCACAGCCAAAUAUAGUGGUAAGAUAGUAUACAACAUUUUGAUUUUGUAACUCUGUAGAUCUUCACAAUAGUAUAAGCUAUCCAAAUAUAGUUAUUACAGUACACUACAUAGAGAGGUGACUUAGACUUCAUGUGUGGUGGAUAUGAAAAUCUUGUUUGGCUAGCUAACUUAUUUUCUUUA